AGUACACGUUGGUCAAGCUGGAGUCCAAAUAGGCAACGCAUGUUGGGAACUGUACUGUCUUGAGCAUGGUAUUCAACCUGAUGGCCAAAUGCCAAGUGACAAGACUAUUGGCGGAGGAGAUGACUCCUUCAACACCUUCUUCAGUGAGACAGGAGCAGGAAAGCAUGUUCCAAGAGCUGUUUUUGUAGAUUUGGAGCCAACUGUAGUAGAUGAAGUUCGUACAGGAACGUACAGACAAUUAUUUCAUCCUGAACAGCUCAUCACCGGUAAAGAAGAUGCUGCAAAUAACUACGCUCGCGGCCAUUACACCAUCGGUAAAGAGAUUGUCGACCUUGUUCUUGAUCGCAUCCGAAAGCUGGCCGAUCAAUGUACAGGUCUUCAGGGAUUCCUGAUCUUUCAUUCCUUUGGCGGUGGAACAGGUUCAGGAUUCAGCUCACUGUUGAUGGAACGACUUUCUGUUGACUACGGCAAGAAAUCAAAACUGGAGUUCGCCAUCUACCCAGCCCCACAGAUUUCAACUGCUGUAGUUGAACCAUACAACUCCAUUCUUACAACACAUACUACCUUGGAGCACUCCGACUGUUGUUUUAUGGUUGACAACGAAGCAAUAUACGACAUCUGUCGACGUAAUCUGGAUAUCGAGCGACCUACAUAUACCAAUCUUAAUCGUCUCAUUGGUCAAAUCGUCUCUUCAAUCACAGCAUCCUUGCGUUUUGAUGGUGCUUUGAAUGUUGAUCUUACCGAGUUCCAAACCAACCUGGUACCCUAUCCACGUAUUCAUUUCCCAUUGGCUACCUAUGCGCCAGUCAUAUCUGCUGAAAAAGCCUACCAUGAGCAGUUGAGUGUAUCUGAAAUCACCAACGCUUGCUUUGAACCUGCCAAUCAAAUGGUAAAGUGUGAUCCACGUCAUGGUAAAUAUAUGGCAUGUUGUCUUCUAUACAGAGGUGAUGUUGUACCUAAGGAUGUGAAUGCUGCUAUCGCUACUAUCAAAACAAAGCGCACAAUCCAGUUUGUUGACUGGUGUCCAACAGGUUUCAAAGUUGGUAUCAACUACCAACCCCCAACUGUGGUACCAGGUGGUGAUCUUGCUAAAGUCCAACGAGCUGUUUGUAUGUUGAGCAACACAACAGCAAUUGCUGAAGCCUGGGCUCGUCUUGAUCAUAAGUUUGACCUGAUGUAUGCCAAAAGAGCAUUUGUUCACUGGUAUGUAGGUGAAGGCAUGGAGGAAGGCGAGUUCUCUGAAGCUCGAGAAGAUUUGGCAGCAUUGGAAAAAGAUUACGAAGAAGUUGGUGUCGACAGUGUUGAGGCCGAGGGUGAAGAAGAAGGAGACGAGUACUAGACUCAUAAACAUUGAUCAGUUUUGUUAUUUGCAGAGUUUAGGAGAGAAUUAAAAAUUUAAAGUUGCA